CAACCAUCGGACUUCUCAGGGGAUCGUCUCGAGGCCAGUGCCUUCCUGAACACCUGUAGGACGUACCUCCGCGUCAACAAGGAUGCUUACCCUGAUGAUGAGGACAAGGUGAUCUUUGUCCUGUCGUUUCUGGUGGGAGGAACGGCAGCCCCUUGGAGGGAAGCACGAGAGGAAGAUACCUUCACCGUUGUAAGUGGCAAGGAGAAGGGAUUUGGGACCUUCAACGACUUUGUCACGGAAUUCAAGAAGGCGUUUGAACCCCUCUCUCCUACCUCCGACGCCAUCACCAAGCUCAAAGCCCUGAAGCAAACAGGCCUUGCAGAGGACUACGUCGCCCUCUUCCGACCCCUCGCAGCACGUUCAGGGGUCAAGGAAUUAGAAGUCCUGUCGGACUACUUCUUGUCUGGACUGUCCGCUGGCCUAGUCCGAAACAUCCUCUCUGCACAAACACUCCCCACCGACAUAGAAGGGUACUACACCUUAGCUGUUAGGUUGGACCUGCAGUGGCGUAAAGCCACCGAAUAUGCAAAGGCCUCCAAACCGUCCCAGUCGACGUCAACCUCCUCGAAACCCACGGGCUCGAACCCCUCCAACCCUGUGCGCUUGCGAAAGCUGACGGACGAAGAACGUGCCCUACUCACCAGCAAAGGGGCCUGCUUUCGCUGCCGUGAGGUGGGCCACAUUGCCCAGAAGUGCCCCCUCCGAGGA